CCUGUAUCCCCGUCCCGGGGACAGGCAGGGACAAGCCGAGAGCAAGUUCCUGCCAUUUCCGUGUGGGUGCUGCAGCUUUAUGGAUUGAGCAGAGCCCCGAGUAGGAGUGCAGUGUGUGUGUGUUUUAUCCCAGGACAUGUCUGAAUUAGAGAGAAAACGAGACCGGGGCUGAGCAGCGCUGUUCUGGCUAUCGAGCAGAGUAACGGAACCCAACUUGCGUCAGGCUGAAGGGAAGGCUUUAGGGAUAGAGCGAGGGGGAGGAGGGCUCUGAGCAGACCGGGGCACGGUGGCACAGUUCCCUGCUCCACUUCCAGAACACCCCCCCCCCAUCUACACACUCACUCGGUUCAGAGGGAAGACAGCGUGGCGGUGAAGUUUGACAAGAGAUUUGGUGUUUAGGCUCUCUCCCUCUCUCUCUCUCUCUCACACACACACACAGAGCAAUGGGGCUGUGCCCCAAACUCGCCGCCUUCCUGUGGCUCCUCUCCCAGGCUCAGUGCUGCUCGGAACUGCUCACCAACACUUGUAUCUGUCUGGAUGAGAGGGCGAAAGGGACCGGUUACCCGGAGGUACGGAGGAAGGUGGUCUGCAGUAAGCAGGAGCUGCAGGAUGUUCCUCCGAGCAGCCUGCUCCCCGACAGGACUGGACAUCUGAUACUGAGCAACAACAAGAUUGCAAUCCUCAAGACUGGUGCUUUCUCUGGACUUCAGGCCCUUGAGAAACUGGACUUGAAGAAUAAUCUGAUCAGCACGAUCCAGCCUGGAGCAUUCCAGGGCCUGCCAUCUCUCCGACGUCUAGACCUGUCCAACAACAGAAUUGGGUGCCUGAAGCCUGCAAUGUUCCAGAGCCUGAGCAACCUGACCAGAUUGAACCUGUCAGGAAACAUCUUCUCCAGCCUGUACCCAGACCUCUUCGCUGCUUUGGUCUCUUUAAAAGUGGUUGAUUUCAAUAGUGAAUUCCUGAUUUGUGACUGUAACAUGCGGUGGAUGCUGAACUGGCAGCAGAGGAGGUUGGUGCGAAUCUCCAAGGACACGCUGUGUGCAUACCCCCGGGCACUGAGGAGGCAGCCGUUCAGGGAGCUGAAGGAAGACCAGCUGGUGUGUGAUGGACCACUGGAGCUGCCGAUUCUGCAGCUAAUUCCAUCUCUUCGGCAAGUGGUUUUCCAGGGAGACCGGCUGCCAUUCCUGUGCACUGCGACAUACUUGGAUAACAGCACUCAAGUCUUGUGGUAUCACAACAAAAUGUUGGUGCAGCCGGAGGAAGGGGGAGCUGUGCUCAUCGUCGACAGCCUGAUUCAUGACUGCUCUCUGAUAUCCAGUGAGCUGAUCCUUUCACACGUGUACCUGCUUGCUAGUGGAGAAUGGGAAUGUGUCGUCACAACCUCGCGUGGCAAUGCAUCCAGGAAAGUGGACAUUGUGGUCAUCGACACGUCUGCAACAUACUGUCAGGCUGAGAGGGUCUCCAACAACAGGGGCGACUUCAGGUGGCCUCGUACUCUGGCUGGGAUCACAGUUUCCCAGCCUUGCCUGCAGUAUCCCUAUCCCUCCAGCUCCAGCAAUGGAGCUUCCUUGGAGAAGAGGACUUUUCGGAAAUGCCAGCGCUCAGGCCAGUGGGCAGAGGCAGAUUAUUCAGAGUGUCUCUACACCAACGACUACACCCGUGUCCUGUACACUUUCAUCCUGAUGCCCAUCAACAGUUCCAAUGCCCUGACCCUGGCUCGCCAGCUGCUGGCCUACACGGUUGAAGCUGCCAAUUUCCGUGAUAUGAUGGAUGUGAUUUAUGUGGCUCAGAUGAUCGAGAAAUUCAUCAGGUUCACCGCUCAGAUCCACGAUUUGGGAGAUCUGGUCGUGGAAAUAGCCAGUAACAUGAUGUUGGUGGACGAGCACAUUCUGUGGUUGGCACAGCAGGAGAGCGCUGCCUGCUCGAGGAUUGUUCAAUCAGUGGAACACAUCGCUGUCCUCACCCUGGCAUCCGAUUCCCAGGCCAUCACCAAGGUUUCCACGAACAUUGCCGUGGAGGCAUUCCUGGUGAAGCCAGCCGGAUACAUGGGACUCAGCUGCACAGCAUUCCAGAGGGAACACCCAUUGCCCAACAGGGAAGGCCAAGCAGAAGAUGCUGGACCACAAAUCAGCUUCCGAUGUAACACCGGUAACCUCACCGGAUCCCUCCGGAACUUCCCCAUCAAGAACAGCAUUGCCCUGGCAUCAGUGCAGUUGCCUCCUUCGCUGUUGUCCCACUCGGCCCCUGGCACGGCCGGGAACAGCUCCAGUUGCCGGCUGCAGUUUGUGGUAUUCCGUAAUGGGAAGCUCUUCCCCAGCACUGGAAACUCGAGCAGCCUCGCUGACAGCAGCAGGCAGCGGACCCCCUCGACUCCGGUCAUCUUCACCGGGACAGAUGGCUGUGGUGUGAAUGAGAGCAGGGAGCCCAUCCUGGUUUCCCUACGUCACUGGCAGUUGGGUGAAGAGCAGGUGGCAGCCCGUUGGAACUUUGAGCUCCUCGAUGGCUAUGGAGGCUGGCAGAUUGCAGGGUGCCAAAUCACACAGACCAAAGCCAACAUCACCAACAUGUGGUGUCACACAUUGAGUAACAUAGCAGUCCUGAAGAAGGUCAGUAACCCCCAGCCUGCGCUAGAUCCUGGUGUCAUCCAGGUUCUACACCCUAUUAUCUACAGCUGCACUGUGGUCCUCUUAGUCUGCCUGUUCAUCGCCAUUAUAUCAUACAUCCUGAAGCACAACACAAUCCGGGUCUCCAGGAAGAACUGGCACAUGCUCCUGAACCUGUGGUUCCACAUCUCGAUGACGUGUGCUGUAUUCACCGGGGGGAUCAAUCAGACCCAGUAUGGCCUGAUCUGCCAAGUGAUUGGAAUAGUCCUCCACUACUCGUCUCUGUCGACCCUGCUGUGGAUCGGAGUGGCAAUGAGGGUCAUCUACAAGGAAGUGACACACAAACCUCACCGGCAACAGGAGCUUGAGUUGUCUUCACCCAGCCAGCAGCCAAUGCUCAGGUUUUACCUCAUCGCCGGAGGCAUUCCCUUAAUAAUUUGUGGAAUCACAGCAGCAGUGAAUCUGCAUAAUUACAGUGACUACAGCCCAUACUGCUGGUUGGCCUGGAAGCCGAGCCUGGGAGCGUUCUACGUGCCAGCGGCAUUCACGGUGCUAGUCAGCUGGAUCUACUUCCUGUGUGCUGCCCUGCAUCUCCGCUGUUACCCACAGGGCAAGGCCAAAGGUCAGGGGUCACCAGAGGGAGAGCAGCAACUCGAGGCCAAUGGUGUCCAGCUGACGGACUCGGGAUCGGGUGGCUCUGGCAGUCCCUCGCUGGACAAUGAGAAUGACGAUACCCCAGACGGCCAGCUCUGGGCCCUGAUCACCACCCAGUUCCUCUUCAUUGGCCUUUGGACAUUCGGAGCCCUGUCCGUCUCCCAGGGCCAGUCGCUGCGUGUGGUAUUUAGCUGUUUGUACGGGGUGGUAGCGGUCAGCCUGGCUCUCCUGGUGCUCAUUCAUCACUGUUUCAGGCGGCAGGAUGUGUGCCACCCGUGGCUGCCUUGUUCGGGGCCAGGACCUGCAGCGACGGGCAGCCUCUCCCUAGCUGCUGACGCUGCCCACAGUGCGGGCCUCCAGCUCUGGCUUCCAGCCUGCAGCCCCGAGAGCCCACACUCCAACAAGUCGCUCUCGCUGGGCAGUAACUUCUCCGGGACAGGCCAGAGCAAACUGAGCAACCUGCAGGCAGCCCAGAGCCGGGCAGACUCACCCAGCCCCGAAACGCCAUCGCCGUCUGGGCAGCACCGACCCUGCACCAGUCACAACCAGAGGGCCAGGGCGAAGGGCGCGCGCCACUGCAAACACCACCGCGCCAGGAGGCCAAAGGGGGCAGCUUCGGAGGCCGGCUCCAGUGAGAACGGCAGCCAACUGGAGAGCUGCGCGAGCAGCCAUGCCAGUCAGGGUGGCACGGGGAGAGGGACAGCUGAGCGAGAUGUCAGCGUGAGCCCCUCAGAGGGCAGCGACGCCAGCAACGGGUCCCAGCAUCAUGGCAUGGGAAUACAGUGCAGUGUCAGUCGGGAAAACCUGAAGCUGCCGCUGGCCUUUGAGAAUGAAGUCAAGAGGAGGUCCUAUCCAUUGAACACAGCCAACCAAAACAGCACACUGAAGGGGAGCCAGUACGACAUCAGGCUGUUUGCCAGUGAUGGGAACCCCACUGUAAUCAGUAGCUUGUGGAAGAGUGAGACAACAGUGUAGCUCCUUCCCUACACUGGCCAGCUGCUUCCAAACUGUCACUUCACCCGAGCCACCCCACUAACUCGAAUGAGUUCGAAGAGAAACUCACCAAUGCGAGCUGGUCUUUUCGUGAGCUCUUUCCUGAAGCAGCCCCUGGCAGUCUGUCGCUGCCAGGAUCUCCCUCCAUCGCUGCGCACCUUCGCCUCCAAAGGCUGGGAAAGACGAAGGAAUUUCGGAGCAUCCAUUCUGGUGGGCUGCUGGAGAAAGGUCAGAGGUCAGACUGAAGCCCGAGCAAGGCAGACCCACAGGCGAAUGGGAACAAAUCUCCCUCAGCACAGGUCUCUACCACAGACUGCCAAAGGAACAGUGCGAGAGUGACGGGGGACGGAGCGAGAGUGAGAGGGGACGGUGCGAGACUGAUGGGGGAACGGUGCGAGAGUGACGGGGGACGAAGCGAGAGUGAGAGGUUUCGGGGCGAGAGUGACAGGGGACGGAGCGAGAGUUGACAGGAUUCGGAGCGAGAGUGAUGGGAAUGGAGUGAGAGUGAGAGGGGGCGGAGUGAGAGUGACGGGAGUUGGUGCGAGAGUGACAGGGGACGGAGCGAGAGUGACAGGAUUUGGAGCGAGAGUGACAGGAUUUGGAGCAAGAGUGACGGGAAUGGUGCGAGAGUGAGAGGGGAUGGAGCGAGAGUGACAGGAUUCGGAGCGAGAGUGAAAGGCAUGGAGUGGAAGGAAACUGUAAGUAAGUCAGUAUGUUGCUGGUGGAAUUUGGGAGCUCUGUGUUCUGUUUGCUGCGAUAGGGUUAGGUGUUUCAUAAAAAAAAAUGGUAGGGCCCAGACACUGAGGUGGUGCUAUUAAACCUUUUGGUUGCUUUCCAGCUGUUGGGAUAACCUCUUGUCUUGUAAAAGCGUGCCCCAUUUAUCUCACCUGGUGUCUAUUCAGAGUUGUCUCUAUCAUCCUCAUGUUUCCUGUCAGUGUAGAAACAGGAGGCUGGAAAAGCCCAUGUGCCCAAUAUUGUUGCCCCUGCUCCCCCUUUCUGUUCAGAUUGUCCUCCUGCUCAUUUCACUGAAGUGACGAUUGAGAGAGGCCCGCUCAUGGCCUGGGGAGUUCAGCUGAAAUUCCAGCACAGCAUCUGGAGGGAUGGCAACUCUCCCAAGUCAGUCUGUGGCAUUAAGCACAGCUUAGCACUUGUAACUCUGAAACUGACAUUGAUGAGUAACGGCACUGCUUCACUCUUCUCCUUUAGGGAAGGAAAUCCACUGCCAUCACCUGGUCUGGCCUACAUGUGACUCCAGACCUGCUGUGGUGUGGCUGACACUUCCUUGCCCUUGUAAAGUGACUGAGCAAGUUUGAGGGACCUUAACUGGCAGCUUUGGUUACAGUCCAAACCCGGCAGCCUUGUCCAAUACUCUCCCUGGACCCUACAUACCCAGUGUGUCCUACAGCUGACAAGAUCAUUGUGCUUGCUCCUGCCUCUGAGUUGGGAUGAGCAUUCCCUGGACGACACAGAGGAGAUCAGUCUCCCGUACAAACAGAUUAGCAGUGGAUUGCAUUCUCCUCAUUGGAACAAGCUGCCUUAUUUCGGAGGAGGCCAGGAAAGUGGCUCAGUGCUGUCAGCUGACAGCUAGCGUAGCUUCCGAAACCUGUCUGACUGACUGUUAUUAAGGAUAAUCACCCACUCCUGGCCAGGGCUACAGCUUUCCAGCAGGCCCAGCUCACCCUGUCCAUGUCCUUAUCUCCCGAUGACUAUCGCUCACCAUUGAGCAAUGUUCCAAGCGGGAAUAUACCCUCCUCAGCCAGCCAUCAGGUUCCACGUUUGACAUGAUUGUGCAUGGUUUCAUUCAUUUUUAUUUUCAGGAUUCUCUCCUGCCUGGUUAAGAGAAAGGAACCAUCCUCCCAGCUUCAUGUUUCUGGUGUCUGUGUCUGUGUCUGUGUCUGUGUCUGUGUCUGUGUCUGUGUCUGUGUCUGUGUGUGUGUCUGUGUGUGUGUCUGUGUGUGUGUCUGUGUGUGUGUCUGUGUGUGUGUCUGUGUGUGUGUGUGUGUGUGUGUGUCUGUGUCCAUGUCCAUGUGCGUGUCUGUGGUGUGCUGUGUGUGUAUGAUGCUCUGUUGGCUAUGACUGUACAGAUCAGGGACGAGCUGCUGAUGCACUUGAAGGAUUACCUUCCCCUCCUGCACUAUACAGUGCCUUCCCGUGCCAUGCCCAGCCUUCCCAUGCCAUGCCCAGCCUUCCCGUGCCUGCUGCACUAAUCCAGGGCUCUCUGACCUCUCCAAGCCACCUUUCAGGGUGUGCCGCUCAGAAACUUUGCACUCUCAGUGUGGGCCCAAUUGCCUUAAAAAUAUAGAGUAUUAUUCUUCUCCACGUGCCAAAGAGUUAUAUAAAUCUUACCGAGACGCUGAUGAUGAAUGCAAACUGUGUGUGUUGAUUUUAAAAUGUGUGAAUAAUAUAAUCCCUUUCUCAUAUUGCUUCUCACAAGGAGGAGGUUUAGUGCACUCUGUUGAAAGGCUGCAAACGACAUAGCCCCAUGACAAUCGCUUGGUGUGCUCUUCAGUUCAGCGUUGAGACUCGAGGCUGGUGAGACUAGUCUGGCAAAUCCACUCCGGGUAGUGCUAAUGGCCAUCCUCCCUUUGGGUUCGGGCCCAUUGCCAUCAGCAUGAUCCAAACACAAGGACAGGCUGCAGCGAAAUGACCAGAGACAGUCCCGCUCGGUCAGGAUUUCACUGAAAAAUAAUCUUCAGAACACUGCCCCGAGCCCAGCACAAGAGAAAACACAUUGACGGGAAAAGAAAUUGGCUUUCGUUUCACUGAAGGUUUUUGUUUCUUCUUUAUAAAAAGAUGGCAGCUGUGGGAUAAUGAUAGUGGGAACUGCAGAUGCUGGAGAAUCCAAGAUAACAA